AGCACUGGGAGCCGAAUCGCAGUACUGUUGAGAACAUCCAAGCGUUAAGGUAGAUAUUUUGUUUUGCUGCGUCAGUGAACGUACGGACAAAAAUCAACCGCUUUGAAAUCCACAACAUACACAUUGUUUAUUUCCAUCACCGUCUAAAAUCUACCAACUACACCGACGUUGAAGAUGACGAACCAACCUCGCCAGAAUUACCAUGUUGAGAGCGAAGCCGGAAUCAAUAAGCAGAUCAACAUGGAGCUGUAUGCCAGCUACACGUACCAGUCGAUCGCCUGGUAUUUUGAACGCGAUGACGUGGCUCUCCCGGGGUUCCACGCGUACUUCAAGAAGAUGUCGCUGGAAGAGAGGGAACAUGCAGAGAAAUUCAUGAAAUAUCAGAACAAGCGUGGUGGCCGCAUCGUCCUCCACGACAUCAAGAAACCCGAUGGUGACGAGUGGGGGAGUCCACUGGAGGCCAUGCAGGUGGCACUGUCUCUAGAGAAGAGCGUCAACCAGGCUCUGCUGGACCUCCACGCCGUCGCCGCCAAGCACGGCGACGCGCAGAUGUGUGACUACAUAGAGAACGAUUUCCUGGAGGAACAGGUGAACUCCAUCAAGGAGAUCAGUGACCACAUCACGAACCUGAAGCGGGUUGGAUCUGGACUCGGGGAGUACAUGUACGACAAGGAGACCAUGGGCGACUAGAUUGGUCUCCUUCCUCAGUCUGUCAGCAGGUGGCGCUCUCGUCUGCCGUGUACUGCAGGCUCCGGAUCCCAAUGUACCUUUUUUCUUAUAAACUUUCAAAAAUCCAACAGUAAUCAUUAGAUGACAUUAUUAGAGAUUACUUUAGUAACGAACAUAAAUGGUUAAUCUUUUCUUGUUAACAGGGUGAAAAAAUAAAUAAAAGUUUUAAAAAUAA